CACAUUUCAACCCCUGUGGCCGGAAGUUACUGAAGUAGUUGGUAAGUAAGGCGCGACAAAAACUAGUGUCAUACAUUUAUCUUUAUUCUGUUUAUAAAUAAUGGACUUGGAUGAUGUGAAUACGUUUUUGAACAAUGAUCGACAGAAACCAAAGGGCAAAAAAUGGCGAAAAGAACGGAUGACGGGCAAGGUCGUUGGCAACUAUGUUUUUAACGGACGAAUUGGUCAUGGCGGCACUUCGUCCGUUUAUCAAGCUGAAUGUCAUGGUAAAAUAAACGCUUGCAAAGUGACAGAUGGAAAGUUUUGUGAUGGUCUCCUCAAAGAGUAUGAAAUACUAAGAACCCUCGAGCAUCCAAACAUCGUGAAAGUGUUUGAUUGUAUAGCGUGUAACAGAAUAGUUACCAUGGCAAUAGAGAGAUUACCUGAAGGGGAUCUACAUGAUUAUAUCAUCCGUAAUUGGCCUGUGUCGGCUGAAAAAAGGCGAAAAUAUAGCAAGCAAAUUCUGUCAGCUGUUGAACAUAUGCAUAACCGAGAAAUUGCUCAUUGUGACCUGAAACUUGAAAAUAUGUUGAUCGAUACAACAGGAGACAUAAAGAUCAUUGAUUUUGGGUCUGCACUCAGAGUUUCAGAGGCAACCUACGAUGAUUUCGCUUACAUAGCAACAACACCAGAAUAUUUGCCACCGGAAAUAUUUUGUGCCACAGCAGACGACACCUACGACAUCCGGGCAAUUGACGAAUGGAGUAUCGGAAUUGUUUUGUUUAUCAUGCUCACUGGACGAUUUCCUUUUGGUGAAGUUGAUCAGACAAAAAUCGCCAAAUAUAUAAAGAAAAUGCGUUCUGUGCGGUCCUUCGAAUUGCGAAAGAGUGAGGAACGCUUUUUGUAUUUUGACCAGGACUAUUUAGACAUUGUCCGUGGACUUCUUGCUUUUAAACCUGACAGUCGCCUCUCUGUGUCAAAAGCUUUAUCAUUAGAAUAUUUCACCCAAGGGAUGAAUAUUGAAGAUAUUGAAAAGGAAAUUGAUGAUGAUUUUGAUUCAAUUUUUAAUGAUUUAUAGAGUGAAACUAUGUUUGAUGUUACAUUGUAACAACUUUGAUGACCUGUUAACGUGUUGAAUUAAAGGAACAAAAUAAAAUAAUUAACGUUAUUUCGAAGCUACAUAUGACAAGAGCAGGGUAUGUGCUUGUUUUCCAGAUAACCAAUACAUCAUUAAAACUUGCUGAGUACACUGUUGAUUUUGAUCACUAUUCCUUUCUUAAAUCCACAGGUUUUAUUAAUGACCAUUAUUAUAUUUUGGUGGCAAAUAAUUUAAAUAAAUUAGUAUUGUUUACUGAUAUAUCUUCAGCCUUGAACUUCACACCAUUUAUGUAAGCAUGUUUAACAAUAUACAACAUUUCCGUGU